UCAAAUUCUGACCACGCGAGAGGGGCGGGACUAGACGGAGGGCGGAAGUUCUGGUGGACGUGAAGGUGUGGCCAAAUCGAGCGGGUCGCAGGAUGUGAGGGCGCGCGCGCUGAGCCCGUAGCUGGAAAGGGGGGGGAGGAGGGUGUGAACGACUCCUCUGAGGUGAGAGAGAGAGGUUUUCCUGCCUUCUCCUUCUUCCGACCUGGACUGGUAAUUAUUUGCAGUUUUAUGGGCUUAUGCCCAUAAAAUGUUGGUGCAUAAGCCUGAAGAAGUGGAUUUUACCCCCGGAAGUUUGCUGUUUGUUCGAUUAUUUUUAGUGGUCUAAUAACGAAGGUCUGUGAAAAGAUGGCAACUAAACUACUGAGAUUCCUGGCUAGAUCUUCACAUACAAUAGGACAGUGUCGCUGCUUUCGUAAAUAUGCUCAUCUAACAUCAAGCACUAUUCUUCAAGCUAUGUCAAGCAGUUUUCUACCAGGAGGAAGAUACAUCAAUCUGUACAUUCCAGAGGCUGCAGCUUCUUGCUUAAAUGGUGUCCAUGUACAAGACAAGAAUUGGUGGCGACUAAAGGUUGAUGAUACUACUGCAUCAAAGGCUGUGAAUUGUUUACAUAUGAAUGUUUGCCUUCCAUUCAAGGAAAACUGUGUCCUGAAAGAUGCAAGUUACAGGCACAGUUCAAGAUGUCUAAGAAAUUUUACUGUUGUAACAAACAGAUAUUAUUCAAUUUUAUCAACUAGUACAGUUGUGGCAAGUAAAGAUAUUGUUCCAGGCAAAAAGUCACUAAAGGCAUCUCGGACCAAACAGCCAUCUAGAGCUAAUUUACCACUGCCAUCUGAAAGUGAGGAUCUGAUGCAGUGCAUAGCCUAUGCAACAGCAGAUGAGUAUCAUCUCGGUAGCCUUUGUCUUGAUCUAACAUCAUCUGGAUAUGUUGAAAUAACAACCCUGCCUAGAGAUGCGGCAAAUGUUUUGGUAAUUGGGACUGAACACGCUAUGAAAAAUUUUGAUCCCGGAAUGGUAUUUUUCUUCAGGGAAGGAUCUGUUGUGUUCUGGAAUGUUAAAGAAGAAACGAUGAAGAGCAUAAUGCGAGUCCUGGAAAAGCAUGAGGUUCAGCCAUAUGAAAUUUCUCUCAUUCACUGGGAGAAUGAAGAAAUUAACUACAGGAGAGAAGGAGGAUUAUCAAAGCUUCAUAGAGGAGAAAUCACAAUCAGUUCAGAACUAGAUACUGAUGAAGCCACUCUAGAAAAGUUUGCAUUUUCAAAUGCGCUUUGUCUUUCUGUAAAACUGGCCAUGUGGGAGGCAUCAGUGGAUAAUUUUAUAGAAUCUAUCCAGUCAAUACCUGAGAUUCUAAAAUCAAGAAAGAAGAUGAAACUAUCUCAGGCUGAUGUGAUGCAGAAGAUUGGGGAACUAUUUUCAUUAAGGCACCGCAUAAAUUUGAGUUCUGACCUACUGAUUACCCCAGAUUUCUACUGGGAUAGAGAGCACCUUGAACAGCUUUAUGAUAAAAUGUAUCAGUUUCUCAGUAUUCAUCGUCGAGUUAAGGUGGUGAAUGAGAAGCUCCAACAUUGCACAGAGUUGACAGACCUGAUGAGAAAUCAUUUGAGUGAAAGACAUGCCUUGCGCUUGGAGUGGAUGAUAGUGAUACUUAUCACUAUAGAGGUCUUAUUUGAACUCAGAAUGCUUUUCUGACACCAUAAUGAGUGACAAUUGAGAUUUUGGAGACAACUGCAACAAUUUUGUUUAAUUCUUCACAUUUAUGGAAAAUUCAACUGUAAUAACAAAAUAUAUGGACAGUUGUUGCUUCCAAAACAGUUGAAGUCAUUGUAGAUGGGCCAAAUCUUAAAUCAGUCACGUGGUUCUGGAAAAUUAUGCAAAUCAAUCCUUUUUAAGAUGGCUGCAUCCCUUUCAAAACAGAAAUGAACAUCUUUCUUUCAAACGUAUCUACACUAGCAGUUUUUUUAAUUUGCUGUGAAAAAAUCAUGCACUGCAAAAGUUCGCCACAUUUAGAAAUAUUUUGUAUAGAAGUGACUUUGUAAAACAUUCAGCAAACUCACAUGAAACUAUACCACUGUAUGUGUUAUUCACAGAAAAAGGAAACAUUAAAGGCACAGCUGAACCCUCCUCUAAUAUUUA